GUGCACCGCCAGUCGUCGCGAAGCUCGCGAAGUGUCAGGCGUGUCAGCUGUUCGCGACUCGGUCGCCAGUUCUCGGCGCGCUCUCGCCUAUGACAGACGCGCUUUCUCUCAGAUCGGUAGCAUCUAACGGAACAUCGAUCCUCGGCGCCUGAUUUAGCCCCGCAACACCACGCAUGGACCAUAAAUCAAUUGAAUUGAUAAAUUAUGCGAGAACAGGAGUAAACGGCGAACGCGUAUCAGAAGUUUCUUCGUAGCAGCAACAGAACGAGAGGAUUAAAAAGAGUGCAAACAUGCGUUUACGCGUUUAAAGAGAGCCGAGUAACACUUUGAAAUUAUUGUGACGUGAUUUGAUUUUCUUGCGUACAACGAACAAUUCUCCAAUUCCACAUCGCGCAUUUCUGCAUUUCGUGAUGACCUCAUCGACUCAUUGUUCGCCCUCUCGAUCGUCUCUGAGUUGCUGUCAAUUUGAUGGCAUCAGCCAGGAUGACGUGCGGGAUCCGGCGAUUAUCGGUAACAACAAUUAUUUCCUGCAACAGGAGAAGCAUUCCUUCCCGAAGAGGCCUCAGCUUGAUGUGUCAUUUCGCAAUAUACGUUAUCGGGUCAAGGAAUGGAGUCUACGCAAAUUCUCAAUCAACGAGAAGGAAAUUUUGCAUGGCGUCAGCGGUGAAUUUAAGGCCGGCGAAUUAGUGGGUAUUAUGGGACCAUCCGGAGCCGGAAAAUCGACCUUACUUAACGUUCUUGCCGGUUUCACAGUAAAAGGCAUGAGCGGAAAGAUUCUGGUCAAUGGCAAGGUUCGGCUACCAUACAGCGAGCGAUGGAAGAGGACAUCGUGUUACAUCCAGCAAGACUCUAUUCUACGUACGUGGAUUACCGUAGGAGAAACCAUGACUCUGGCCGCUCAUCUGAAGCUCGGUUGCACAAUCAGUUCCGCCUACAAACACACUCAGGUUUUGGAGUUACUAGAGAUGCUGGGGCUGUCUCAUUGUUACGACACGUUAUGCGGGAAAUUAUCGGGAGGACAAAAGAAAAGACUCGACAUCGCCUUGGAACUCUUGACCAAUCCUUCAGUAUUAUUUCUCGACGAGCCAACGACCGGUCUGGAUGCCGCUUCGUGCAGCCAAUGCGUCGCUCUCAUGAAACGAUUGGCGAGAUUAGAGAGGCGUACAGUAAUCUGUACGAUUCAUCAACCGUCCGCCUUGAUUCUCGAGAUGUUUAAUUCCUUAUACAUCGUGGCCGGUGGUUAUUGCAUAUAUAAAGGCCCGGUUAGCUCGUUGUUACCGCACUUGGCCUCCGUCGGCGCCAAUUGUCCAUCUUAUCACAAUCCAGCGGAUUUUGUCCUCGAAGUGGCGAUCGGCGAAUACAACAUUUCACUUGAUAAAUUAGUAGUGGCAGCGGAAACGAUACAGGUCGAGAAGUCGGUCGCUCUUACCACAGAACCGUCUGAGGAAAAACGUGUUGUGACGGAACCGCCUCCGCCUGCCAGUUUCUUAAUGCAGUGCUAUCUUCUGUAUAAGAGGCAAUUAUUGUGCUUAAAAAGAGAUUAUUCGCUGUUGAUGGCACGAUUGCUCUGUCAUCUGCUGAUCGGUAUGAUCUUCGGAUACCUAUACAUGGGAAGUGGCUAUCGAGCCAAUGGUGUCUUAUCCAAUUAUGUGUAUAUGUACGGAUCGUUACUGCUCCUUGUCUAUACCGGAAAGAUGGCCGUUACUUUGGCCUUCCCACUGGAGAUGCAGAUUCUCACGAGGGAGCACUUCAAUCGCUGGUACCGACUAGCGCCUUAUUAUAUUAGCAUAUUGCUUAUCGAAAUACCCUUUCAAGCAGCGUGCGCGGCGACGUAUCUUAUCGUGAGUUACUGGUUAACCGGUCAGCCCAUAGAGACGAAUCGUAUAAUAUUCUUCAUGAUAAUCAACAUAGCUGCCAGUUUAACGGCGCAGGCAUGGGGUUUCUUUAUUGGCGCUACUACACCAAUUAAGAUUGCGGUCUUCGUCAGUCCUAUACUUGCAGUGUUGUUUUCCAUUUUUGGUUUCUGCAUACGUUACAUAGAUACUCCGCAUGCAUUUCGCUGGAUGUUCCAUAUAUCGUAUUUCCGUGCGGGUUUCCAGAGUCUGAUAUACACUAUGUACGGAUUUGACAGGAUGGACUUGAAGUGUGAUGAUUUUUACUGUCACUACAAGAAACCCAACAAAUUUCUCGCAGAAAUGGAUAUAGUUGACAUAAACGUGGUGAACAAUCUGAUACUUAUACUUGGUAUUGGUGUACUGAUGCAUCUUCUAACUGCCAGUGCGCUUUGGUGCAAACUCAAUAGGAGAUGAGCCAAAUGCAAUUCGUUGAUACAGUAUUGUACAUAAUUUCUAUGAAAAAGUGAUGCUACAAAUGAUUAAAAAAUGUCGAUAUAUCACGUAAAAUAUUGUUUUUUGGGGAGAGAUUGCGCUGGAGACCAUUAAGCAUGAAUGGGAGAAUUGUUAAAUAAACUAUUAUUUUCGCUUGUUUUUUUAUCUCAGUUCGCGUUCCAUAAAUAUUUUCUACAAAUCGUUUUUUUUUCGAGAACUUUUUACAUAGUGUGAAAGUAUAUAAAAUAUCAUUAGCGAAAUUUUCUCUUGUAUUGUAACCAGACGAAUCGCUAAAGCAAAAGCGGUAAUAUAAUUGAGAAUUAAAAGAUGUGAUAAGAUUUGUGUAAGGUCCGAGUGUGUGUCUACAGGGUGCGGCGUGGAAACCUGAAAGAUGUUAAAACGGCGAAGCGCGCUCUGUAGGCGAGAUAUCGAACUCGUUCGACCGAGGUUCGAAAGAGGAAGAACAGACAAUAUUUUGGUCAUAUAGUUUAUUUACAUAACUUUGUUGUUUUAAAAAUAAUAUCAGACAAAUGAUUACCCUUAUUUUUUACACAAUUUUCGAGACGUUUCACAAAACUAUCGUACACUUUUUCCAACAUUGACUUCGGAAUUGCGGCCGCAUGUCGUCGAAUUUCAGUCUUGAGUUCUUCCAAGUCUUUCGGCUUCGUUUCGUAAACUCUGGACUUCAAAUACCCCCACAAAAAAAAAUCACAAACUGAUAAAUCGGGCGAGCGUGGCGGCCAGGAGAGAGACGCAGUUCUCGAAAUUAAGCGGUUACCAAACAUCUUUCUCAAAACAGUCAUCGUUUCAUUCGCCGUAUGGCAAGGCGCCCCAUCCUGCUGAAACCAUGUUCGACUCAGUUUCUUCUUCUUCGUCAAUUCCCGCCGAACGAAGUUCGUUAACAACUCUCGGUAGCGUUCCCCGUUUACCAUUCCAUCGAAAAAAAACGGACCGAUGACGCCCCACUUGGAAACGCCCAUCCAGACGGUAACCUUGGGAGAGUGAAGGGGUUUCUCGUUGAUGACACGCGGGUUCUCAUCACUCCAGUAACGAACAUUUUGCUUAUUCACAUCACCGUUUAAAUAAAAAUGUGCUUCGUCUGUUAUCAUGAUGUCUUCGAGUGGAACUUCUCUGCUCUUGAUUUUUUGCAACAUCGUUCGACUGAAUUGGAUUCGUUCCUUAUGAUCGGCGACUUUGAGCUGUUG